AUGUCGAUUUUCGAAGAUAAGCCGAAGGAGAUGCUUGGUUCUGAUACCAAUGAGAGUAGCGAGCUCGGAAAUGCAAGAGACACAGAUCACACCCUGGAAGUACUGGGCUACGUCCCAGAACUAAAACGAAAUCGCUCGCUCGCGACUCUCCUUUUCCAGUCGCUCGCCAUUGCAGCAAUUCCGUAUGGAGAGGGAGGACCGCUGAUCAGUGCCAUAUAUGGCGGUGGCCCGCGUGCAAUAUUCAUUGGAUGGCUGCUAGUGUUAGUACUAGAUGAAUGCAUUGCGUUAUCGCUCAGCGAACUCGCAUCAAGAUACCCGACAUCCGCAGGGCCAUAUUACUGGUCUUUCCAGGUCGCAAAGAAGCAUAAGAUCAUCCUUUCGUUUAUUACUGGUUGGGUAUGGCUUAUUGGAAAUUGGACGAUCACGCUCUCAGUCAACUUCGGCUUUGCAGCCCUCAUAUCAGCAACGAUAUCGUUAUUCCACCCAACAUGGGAGGCGGCAAGCUGGCAGAUAGUUCUCAUAUUCUAUGCCAUCUGCCUCUUGGCAUUUGUAAUUGUUGCUGUGGGAAAUCGCUUUCUCCCACAAGUGGAUAUCAUUUGCGCCGCAUGGACAGCAGUCAGCAUUAUCGUCAUUCUUAUUGCAUUGUCUGUGAAAGCGGGAGCAGGCAGGCACAGCAUUUCAUAUGCGCUGGCCCAUUAUGACACUUCGUUCGCAGGCUGGGGCGGCUUUACAUUCUUCAUCGGCCUUCUCCCAGCGGCAUACUGCUUCUCAGCAAUAGGAAUGAUAUCCUCCAUGGCAGAAGAAGUUCCCAACCCAGCAAUUAUAGUUCCACGAGCGAUCAGCUUGUGCGUUCCCGUUGGCGGUUUUGCAGGACUCUUUUUUAUCUUGCCCAUCUGUUUCACUCUCCCACCAUUGGAGGACAUUAUAAAAAACUCACCUGGAGGCCAGGCAUUGCCUUAUAUCUUUGGCGUCGUGAUGAAAUCACCAGGUGGUGCCCUCGGCCUCAUGUUCCUCGUGUUGAUGGUGACUCUGUUCUGCUCCAUCAGCAUCACCGUCGCUGCAUCCAGAACGACAUGGGCGUUUGCAAGAGACAAUGCACUGCCCCUUUCGGGCAUCUGGUCGCGCGUGAAUAAGAAGCUGGAUGUGCCAGUCUACGCCCUGGGCCUCGUCACGCUGGUUGAAAUGCUGCUUGGACUCAUCAACAUUGGAAGCACGAGCGCGUUUACUGCGUUUGUAUCAGUGGGCGUAAUCGGCCUGGCUGUGAGCUAUGCGAUCCCCAUCGGCAUCAGCCUGUGGUACGGGCGCCGCGAGGUGAUGAGGGCGAAGUGGAAUUGCGGGCCCAUCGUCGGGCCCAUCGCUAAUGUGAUUGCGCUGGUUUGGAUUGCAUGUGAGCUGGUGUUGUUCAGCAUGCCGACAGCAUUGCCAGUGACUGCAUCAAGCAUGACAUACGCGAGUGUAGUGUUUGUGGGAUUCCUCGCAAUUUCGGCUGUGUGGUACAUGGUGUACGCGAGAAAAUCUUAUAAAGGGCCACCAGAGUCAGACGGCAUUUAA